GUCAGGAGCGUAUCGGCGUGGACUCCAAGUACGAGCAGGAGGGGAAGGUCCAGUUUGUGAUCGACGCCGUGUACGCCAUGGCCCACGCGCUGCACAACAUGCAGCAGGACCUGUGUCCGGAUGGCUCAGGCAUCUGCCCGGAGAUGGAGCUCGCUGGAGGGAAGAAACUGCUCAAGUACAUCCGCAGCGUCAGCUUUAACGGAAGUGCUGGUACUGCAGUGACCUUUAACAGAAAUGGUGAUGCUCCUGGACGCUACGACCUGUUCCAGUACCAGUGGAACAACGUGACUGGGCCAGGGUACCAUGUAAUCGGUCAGUGGACGGAGAGCCUGCAGCUCAAUAUGGAGGAGCUGCAGUGGCCUCGGGGGGAGCAGGACACCCCCACGUCGGUGUGUAGUCUUCCCUGCAGAGCAGGAGAAAGGAAGAAGGUGGUGAAAGGUAUGGCCUGCUGCUGGCACUGUGAGCCCUGCGACGGCUACCAGUACCUCUCUGAUGAGUUCAGCUGCAAGCUGUGCGCCUACAACAUGAGGCCCAGCUCCAACCGGACCUCCUGCCAGGACAUCCCCAUCAUUAAGCUGGAGUGGCACUCCCCCUGGGCCGUGAUCCCGGUCUUCCUGGCCAUGCUGGGGAUCAUAGCUACGAUCUUCGUCAUGGCCACGUUUGUGCGCUACAAUGACACUCCGAUAGUCCGAGCGUCCGGCAGGGAGCUGAGUUACGUCCUCCUGACUGGAAUAUUUUUGUGUUACAUCAUCACCUUCCUGAUGAUCGCCAAGCCGGACGUUGGAGUGUGCUCCUUCAGGAGGAUCUUCCUGGGUCUGGGGAUGUGUAUCAGCUACGCCGCCCUCCUCACCAAGACCAAUCGCAUCUACCGGAUCUUUGAGCAGGGCAAGAAGUCUGUGACGGCCCCGAGGCUGAUCAGCCCCACCUCCCAGCUGGCCAUCACCUUCAGCCUGAUCUCAGUCCAGCUGCUGGGGGUUCUGAUCUGGUUCGGGGUGGAUCCGCCCAACACCAUCGUGGACUACGACGAGCAGAGGACCAUGAAUCCAGAUCUGUCAAGAGGGGUGUUGAAAUGUGACAUCUCAGACCUGCAGAUCAUCUGUUCUCUGGGUUACAGUAUCUUACUGAUGGUGACGUGUACUGUUUACGCCAUCAAGACCCGCGGGGUCCCGGAGAACUUUAACGAGGCCAAGCCCAUCGGGUUCACCAUGUACACCACCUGCAUCGUGUGGCUGGCCUUCAUACCCAUCUUCUUCGGCACGGCGCAGUCGGCAGAGAAGGUCCAGCAGCUAAGUCGAAGUACGUGAGCUACGGCGACGUGGUGAUCUAACUCCGCCCCUUCAGGACUGGCUGCAGAGACGUCUGGUCUCCAGAUCUGGUCUUUGGGAUCAGGAGGGAACUGAAGGACUGGGGUUUGGUUUCAGUUUUGUUCUCGUGUGUCUCUGCUCGGUCUGGAGCGGAGACAGAACCCUGCUGGACCUGAUCCGGUCUGGUUUGGGGAGGAGGUGCUGCCGGCGGUGAGGACCAACAUGGCUGUGGGAUCAGCUGAUGGUGGAGGCCCCACUUCCUGUCCUCUCUGGAAGUUCUCAGUCCUUCCUGUCGACCCGUUUCUUGUUCUUCAUGCUUUGAUCUUUGGUCCAGAUGGACCUCCUGAAAGGACCGGUUCUGUUUCUGUGUUUUGAAGCCAUAUUCUGGGACAGAUCUGGGUCUGUGGUGCCGCCUGGACCGGACUGUUAUCACUGAGAGGAGGCCCAUAAAUGGAGGAUCUUUGAAAGCCUGGGGGAGCAGAGGGUCCCGUUCUGGACCCACCUGCUCCAGGUCUCUGUUGACGCUGCAUGUUUCACCGGGUUUGGAUCGGACUCUGAGGGACCUGCAGAUCCAUGAUCCUCUGGGGUCUGUGCUUCAUGAAAGAAUGAAACAGGAAGUAGCUGUCCUGCUGUAACAGUGUUGUCUGUUUACAUCCUGUCAGGUUUUUCACAAUAAAAGCUUCUGUUUGCAGUGUU